UAUAGACACAACCGCGAACAUAAACAUGCAGUCGGAGUGCAACCAACACUACGUACACUCGCGAUACAUUCAAUAAACUGGCAAGAAUCGUGUAUUAUUAAAUUAAGAUAAAAUGGCAGUGUGCAAAAUUGCUUUGACCCUGGCAGCCAUAAUCGUUAUGAUAAACGCACAACGACCAUUUUACGCCGGAUCAGGAGCCAUAGGUUAUCCACAAUUGGAGAAUGAAUCUGUACAGCUUUCAAAUAGAUUUGGUGAAGAUGCACCCUUACCUAUACAAGCCAAAGGAGACAGGAAUCUGAUAAACAGACUUGAAAGCGUGCCAAUAGAUAACAGACCUUUUUGGUAUUUAAACUGGCAACAAUACGACGCUAUGAGAAGACAGCCACAAACAUGGCCACAAAAGCCAAAUACAUUUAUUGACAAAUAAAAGAAAAAAUAA